AUAGUUUUCAUUGUAACGCACAUUGCUCAACUUCACUCUGACGUAUGUAAGUUCAACAUAUUUAUGUUCAACUUGGUUUAAAUCUUUGUUUAGUACAUGUAACUAAAACAGUCACUAUUUUGCCAAUGCAUUUAGCGACCAGCCACACCUAGAUAGGCGAGUGUUUCCCACUAUGUACUCUGUUCUCCCUCGGUGCAAGGCCAUUGCUUAGGUUCUUAAGUUUCCAGAAUGUUAUGUAAGUCGGAUAGACCUUAACGUAGUGAAUGGAAUGGUUAUCAAUCAUCCAUAGAUUUGUGUGCUGACACUGACUGCACCAUUGACAACGUUAACAAAAGCACUUGUCAACAAGUUUUGCGGUUACCAUUGGAAACACACGUCUCAAGCGAGAAGGUGGGAUACAAAAUGGCUGCGCUACAGGUUGUGGGGACUGCGUUCUUCCUCGCCGUCGGGCUUUUUGUGGGAUGUGAGGGUUUUGGGUCGGGGGCUCCGGCCGGAGCCUGUACAACCAUUCAGCCGGGACAUGUGGACGCCACCAAUAAUAGCGUGUCCCUGUCCGCUCAAACAUCGACCAGUCCCUACUCCAUCCAAGCGGGAGCUACCAGCUACCAGGCCGGUGGGACUGUCACAGUUCAGAUCAUGGGGCCGGUGUUCCGAGGGUUCCUGCUCCAGGCCCGCCGACCUGGGAUGACCACACCCGUCGGUACCUUCUCCAACGCACCGAACAACACCAAGACAACAACGUGCACCACUGCCGACAGUAGCAUGACUCAUGACAACACCGAAGCCAAGGAGAACAUCACUCUGACUUGGACCGCUCCGAGUCCUGGUGUUGGAAACGUGCAGUUCGUUGCCACUGUCGCCCAGGAUCACGAUACAUACUGGAUGAACCUCGCCUCAGCGGAAAUAGCCGGUGGAGUCGCCAUCAAGGCAACUUGCUACGUCAUCGUUUUCAGCCUCAUCUCAACGGCGUAUAGCAUGCUGGCCUAGUGCUCUGAUUUGACUUCUCAGCCUUAUUUGAGUGACUAUAUGUAGUGUAGACAGGAUAUUGAAGAAUGUAUUGGAGAAUGUAUUUUUUCAGUACAAAAAGGACAAAAUUUGACGGACAUGUAGCCAGCCUCUCAUUGGUUGAAAAUCUAAAUUGAAUUGACAGCCAGGAUUGGUCUACUGUCAACAAAAGGCCCUAAAGACUCGAUGUAUUCUUAGGUGAUUUUUUGUACAACUGUAGUUUUCAAAGAAUAACAGAUAUUAACUGAAAGAUAUACAAGAAUAUUCUGUCCAUAAGGUGUUGUAGUACAUGUAGUAUCCCCAAGUAAUUGGGAACAUUAAAAAAGGAACUUGUGUGUGUAUAAUAUAUAUUUACUGCACGUAGUGGACGCUUGCUUGAGAUCAUUUUCGUACAAAUGUACAAUAAAAAAAAUGCA